UAUACACGAGACUUCAAAAAUGGCGUCUCCUCGGCCCAAGUCACCUCGUACUCCAAUUUCCACGAAAAAAGAAGACAAGGAGGAAAGUUUUUGGGAUAAAAUUGGAACCUUGGGACGAAAGAAACGCAUUAAAGAAGUGCAAGAAGUGCAAGAAGAAGGAAAAUAUGCAAUCGAUUCACCUGGAUACGCAGCUAAUCCUGACAUGCCACCGGAGGAAUAUGCUCUUGAUGAAAACGAAGAACGUUCCAUGAUAGAACCGAAGUCUCUAGAAGAUCCCAAGCUACAAGAAUUGAUAUCUGUAUUAAUCGAGUGGAUCAAUGACGAAUUGGCUGAUCAGCGGAUCAUUGUGAAAGACAUUGUGGAAGAUCUCUAUGAUGGGCAGGUGCUACAGAAACUUUUAGAAAAGCUGACUGGAGAGAAGCUGGACGUACCUGAAGUAACUCAAUCAGAGGAAGGACAGAAGCAGAAACUCGCUGUCGUCUUGUCCGCUGCUAAUCGCGUACUGGGCCGUUACCCACCUUACAAAUGGAGCGUCGAAUCUGUACAUACGAAAAACAUUGUUGCAAUCUUGCAUCUUUUAGUGGGCUUAGCCCGGCUCUUCCGUGCUCCUGUUAGACUGCCGGAAAGAGUUGCUGUUCAAGUGGUUGUGGUACGUAAAAAGGAGGGACAAUUGAUACACAGGACAGUGAGAGAAGAGCUGACGACAACGUACGACGAUUUGGGUAUGCGUUGCGAGCGCGACGCGUUUGACACUCUCUUCGAUCACGCACCCGAUAAACUAGCUGUCGUAAAGAAAUCUUUGGUGACGUUUGUGAAUAAGCAUUUGAGCAAAGUACACUUGGAGGUGACUGACCUGGACACUCAAUUCCACGACGGUGUCUUCCUGACUUUACUGCUUGGUCUUUUGGAAGGCUUCUUUGUGCCGCUGGGUAGUUUUCACUUGACGCCAAAGACCAUCGACCAGAAGGUUCAUAAUGUCUCGUUCGCGUUUGAUAUUAUGCGUGACAUCGGGCUGCCGAAACCCAAAGCCCGUCCCGAAGACAUCGUAAAUUUGGAUCUCAAGUCCACGCUUCGCGUGUUGUAUAAUCUCUUUACGAAAUAUAAGGGGAUAAAUUAAUAAAGUUAAAAUGUACUCGACAAACUGCCCUUGCGCGAAUGCGUUUUCGUGCGGUAAUAAUAUUAACAAAUUAAUCAUGCUAACACACGACGAACGUGCGACACGUGAAUCGAUGUACUGCCAUUAGAAGAUUCUUCAUACAAAGUGCAGCGGGAAGUAAAGAGCCAAAUGGAACCAUGAGCAUGACGAGCUUUAUGUAACGUGCCUUUUUAUAUGUAUAAUGUAUAAAACGCAUAUAUAUAUAUUUUAUAAAUAUUUAUUUACCGUGUAACACAUAGUGUUAUAUUGAAGUUUUUUUAUAGAUUUAGAUAUUUGUAUUAAUAAACGUUUUAGCUGUUA